UGUUUUUACUAUAGACUGUUUAAAGUAUAUAAAUAUAAUGACAUAUUGUAAUAAAUAGUCCUGCUACAUUACGUGAACGUGCCCGACGUGUGUUAUUGUUGUUUGUCGUGGUAGUGACUUUAGUGGUGGUAUAUACCCCGAUCACUGUAACACUAUACCCGCGGUGGAAACAUACAUAAGAGGAAUCCGUAGAAAAGCCAUAAUCGCCCUAUAUAUAAUAACCGAUACGUUACACGGCCGCAUACGGUCACGUCCGUCGCGCACAGAACGAUAAUAUUAAUUAUAAUCGUCGACGUCUCCUUCAGUGCGGUGUCGUUUCUGCAGCGUGUAAACGAUGGUUUUCAAUUUUCCUGCGGUCGUGUGCGCGUUGAUGGCGAUCGUCGACGGCGGAUGUCGCGCGGCCGAUCUCCAGACGUUCACUGUGACAGACGUGGCAUACUUGGAUGUGGAGGUCGCCGGAACAGAGUUGGGUACGAUUGAGAUCGGUCUUUUUGGCGAAAUCGCGCCGAAAACGGUGACCAACUUUAUCACCAUUCUGACAAAAGGUAUUAACGGCCGCACUUACGCCGGUACCAAAUUCCAUCGGGUGUUCAACAAGUUUGUCAUUCAAGGUGGAGACAUAUUGAACAAUGACGGAAGCGGGUCUAUAAGUAUAUACGGUGACACGUUUCCCGAUGAAAAUCUGAAAGUGAACGGUACAAAGCCAGGAUUUGUGGGAAUGGCUAAUUCUGGUCCAAACACAAAUGGAUGUCAGUUUUUCAUAACGACCAGGUCCACGCCAAGCUUGAAUGGCGAACACGUGAUGUUCGGCAUCGUGAUCGAAGGACAGAAAGUCAUACACGCCAUAGAACAGCAGCUGACAGACCAUCUGGGUAGACCCACCAAAGAGAUACGAAUAACGAGAUGCGGCUUGCUGAACCGACGGCCGCCAUUCGACGUGACGGACCAUCCGCGCAAUUCAAGUGUUUGGAAAUGGAUAAUUGCGUCUGCUCUACCAGUUUCGAUGUCUACGGCUAUAUUAUUACUAUUCCAAUGGAUGAUUGCUCAGAUUAACAAAGCGAUUGUCUAAUGAGUAAUGGGGCAUGCCUGCACCCAUAAACUUAGACCUAUACACAACAUUUCAACAAACGCCGAACGGCGUAGAUAUGUGGACGCGUUUAUACCAACAAUCAACAUAAUAAACAACAAUAAUUGGCUUAAUUUUAUUCAUUAUUCUACACAAAAGUGGGGUAAAAAGCGAACUUUUUCAUUUUUGGCUGAAAGCUAGGUAUAUAUAAUAUUAUAAUCUGAAUGAUUUUUUUUUUUUUUUUUUGGCAUCAAUAACAACUAAAUUAUAUUUUCUACAUAUUAUAUAUAUAAAUAGUACGUAUAUUAUACGUAGAUACUUACUACUUAUUACACAUACCUGUUUAUAUUUGUAUGCGCAUAAUAUAUUUUGUACUCCGUUCGUUUGAAAUAAUAAUUCAUAUAUUUCCUUGUAACACAAUUUUUCUGUAAUUUAUUUUCUUAAUAAAUUUCUACAUUAUAAAUAGAUAUUUGUUUUCUUUCGUGUGCAAUACAAAAUAAAUCCAUAAUAAUGUGUAUAAUAUAUGUAUUAUUUAUAAACGAACAUUUCUAGAAAUGAAAAUCUAACUAUUUUUUACCUAUUUUAUUCAACAAUUUCACAAAAUUAUGCUGAAAAACGCAAAAUUUGUUCAUGCAUAUUGGGAUUGGGAAUAGUGGAAUACAUAAGAAUAUGAAUACUGUAUAAUUAUGCAACAGUGCAACACUGAACAAUGAACAUGUUUAUCGAACAUCUAAUAGCAUGCGUCUAUACUUUUUAAUCAUUAUCUUAAAUUAUUAAACAGCAUAGGACUG